CAACGAACAGCUGUUUAAUUUGUUGACGUUUAACGUGCAGAAGUAGCUUUCUUUAAUUUCAUAAAAAUGCCGCAAAUUACAGAAAAUGGUCAGGACUUUGAUGUGGUCAAAUACUUUCUGCAGCUCCUGGACGAAGACAAGGACCUGUCAUCCGGCAUUGCGGCCAUCAGAACACUGCUCAUGAUCCUAGAAAAGAAACAGUUUGGCACCAUUCAUAUUCUCCACACAACCAUGAGGGAAGCAGUGGCCGCCAUGCGGAAUACGGAUUUGUCUAUUGCCGCCAUUGUUUCUGCCGGAGAGCUAUUCUGCCGUUUCAUCACCCUCAGUCUGGACGACAAGCACAUGGAAGAGUGCCGCCAGAUUAUGUUGAAUCGCGGCAAGAUCUUCCUCACCAAAUUACUCAAUUCCCGGCAGGUGAUUGCUCAGCAGGCCCAGAGGUUCAUCACCGAUGGCUGCCGCAUUUUGACACACUCCCGGUCUCGCGUUGUCCUUAAAGCCCUCAUUACGGCCUCGCAGAACAAGAAAUCCUUCCACGUAUAUGUGACGCAGGGAGGCACAGGAAACUCUGGUGAAGAGAUGGUUAAGGACCUCCAUGCCGCUGGCAUUGACUGCACUCUGAUCCUGGACUCCGCCACUGGUUAUGUUAUGGAAUCGGUGGACUUUGUGAUGGUUGGUGCUGAAGCAGUAGUUGAGAGUGGCGGCAUUAUUAACCGAAUUGGCACUUACACCAUGGGCUUGUGCGCCCGUGAGAUGAAGAAACCAUUCUAUGUACUGGCCGAGAGCUUUAAGUUCAGUCGUCUAUAUCCACUUAAUCAGCGCGACUUACCUAACGAAUACAAGUACUCCCGCAAACACCUGAACGAUGUUAGCAAAGUGCACCCACUGGUCGAUUAUACGCCUCCCGUCUACAUUACCCUGCUCUUCACCGACUUAGGAAGACUUACCCCGUCAGCUGUCAGCGAUGAGUUGAUCAAACUUUAUAUGUAAAUGGACAAUAAAGAAAAGGCACUUAAA